AUGGAGAGGUUUAAGGGAGAGGAUGAACAAGCACAAAAACUUGCAGAAGCCCUCUUACCACAGGAAGAGUUGGCUAUUGUUGCACAACAACAACACGACCAAACCUACGAGGAACAAAGUUUCGGCAACAGAUUCUGGCUGGAAACGAAGAAGCUAUGGAUCAUUGUGGGGCCCUCCAUCUUCAGCCGCCUCGCCGCCUUCAACAUGAAUGUCGUCACCCAAGCCUUCGCCGGUCACUUGGGUGAGGUCGAACUCGCCGCCAUUUCCAUUGCUAACACCGUCAUCGUUGGCUUCAAUUUCGGCCUCCUUCGCGUUGGAGACACUGUGUGGGCAAGCGUUUGGGGCGAGGAGAUACCACAUGUUGGGUAUAUACAUGCAGAGGUCAUGGAUUGUUCUGUUCCUGUGCUGUUUCGUGCUGUUGCCGCUUUAUGUAUUCGCGACGCCGCUUCUGAAGUGGAUAGGACAACCGGAGGAGGUGGCGGAGUGGAGCGGUGUGGUGGCGGUGUGGCUGAUUCCUCUGCACUUCAGUUUUGCGUUUCAGUUCCCGCUGCAAAGGUUCCUGCAGUGCCAGAUGAAGACGGGGGUUAUUGCGUGGGUUUCCUUGGUGGGUUUGGUGGUGAAUGUGGUGACUAG